GACACCAAAUCCAAACAAAACCGUAGUGUGUUCGGAAUGAAGCAAUCGAAGGAUCCGUUCGAAGCAGCGUUCGAGGAAUCGCCGCCAGAAUCUCCGACGGAGAUAGAGGCGGACUCAAUCCAUAACCAUAGCCAUAACCUUAAUCAUAACCAAAACCCUAUUCCUUCUCCUUCUGUUCUACCCCUCAAUCCAGGGCCUCCACAGAAGGCGAGUGCAGUGGUCAAGAACAAAGACAAAGACAAGGACAAGGACGAUGAAGAGGAGGAAGAAGAAGACAACAUGGACGUUGAGCUUUCCAAGCUCCCUUCCACCGGCGACCCUCACAAAAUGGCCAAGAUGCAGGCAAUUUUGUCUCAGUUCAGCGAAGAGCAGAUGAGUAGAUACGAGUCCUUCCGAAGGGCUGGGUUUCAGAGAGCUAACAUGAAAAGGUUAUUGGCUAGUAUCACAGGGACCCAGAAGAUUUCAGUGCCAAUGACGAUUGUAGUAUCAGGCAUUGCAAAAAUGUUUGUUGGUGAAGUUGUUGAAACAGCUAGAAUAGUUAUGAAAGAAAGGAAGGAAUCUGGACCAAUUCGGCCUUGUCAUCUGAGAGAAGCAUAUAGACGACUAAAACUUGAAGGAAAAGUCUUUAAGAGAUCAGCUUCAAGGCUCUUCCGGUAGAUGGACCAAAUAUGUGUUGAGAUUUUGAGAGUUUUCUGGAAAUAUGUUUUGAAGAUAUGAAAGAUAUGCUAAAUAUAAAUGCUGUUCAUGAUAUCACUCCUUUGCAGCAGACUCAAUUUUGCAGUAUCUCUCUAUGAUUUACAAUCUGCAGAAAAAUCACAUUACUCUUUUUUUUCAUAUGUUCUCAA